AUGUCACCCGGCGCCCCUAGCACACCUCCGCGCACACCAAGUAAAAGUCCAACAAGUGGCCAGAUGCCUGUCAGGCAGACACUCGAGGUUGGGCAGAAUGGAUUCUACUUUUCCAUGGAGAUUCCCGAGAAGAAGACGUCGUCGCCUUUGAAGACGGGACGAGUGACGCCUAGUCCAGAGAAGCAGAAGAAGAGCGAGGGAAAGGGAGGGGGAAGAGUAAGGGAUAUAUUGAGAAAGAAUCUGUUCGGCACGCCGACGAAGACAAGUCUGCCAAGGAACGCUAUCUCCGCAGAUGAAGUGAAGACGAGCCCGCCCAAGAAGAGCGGAAACCAGAUCGCAUCCGUGCUUGGAUCACGGACAAACGACGGCAGCGGACGUGAGAGCAGUGGAAGUGAGGAAACGCUGCCGUCAGUGUUGACUGGAAACACACGAGACGACACUGCAAGGGAAGCUGCACCUGUCGCCCAAAUUGUGUCACAGCCUUCAGCGCCGCCAACACCAUCGAACAUAGGCCAUCUGAUGGCUGGUCUGAGUAACAAGAGCUCAAAAGUUCAGAUAAUGUCUGCUGUUAGCGGUGUAGAGUCUAUGCCCACGCCGCUUCGCAAGAUGUCAGAGAGACUUGGCCUGAACAGCCCGCAUGUCGUACGCAGGGACAUAAUCAACGAGGAAACACCUACUCGGUGCGCUACAAUAUUGAACGGCGAGCAGUUGAAGUCUCCGAUCUCUUCAUUGGACUUGCGCGACGCUGCGACUAUCAAGAAUGGCCGAGCUUCGACUUCUUCAUCCAGCGAAGCAGAUGCUCCGACUGUACUAGUGGCACUGAAGGAAGUGAACGCAAUGCCCAAGGAUGAUCUUCUUUCUCAGCUUCUUGGAUCUCGCAGUGCAGUCGUGUCACCUGUCGAUUACUCACGUCCAAGCACUGCGACGACGGCAUCUUUCACUCUCCCCACAACACCCCUUAGACCAGACGCUCCGAGCAGAUCGCAGAGCUAUGGCACACCCACUCGAUUGCGCUCUUCCAUGCAGGAAGAUAUGUGCAAGGUCCAAGAAUCCCUAAAGCGCUCACUUGGUCCGGACUUCGCUUUCCGCUCUCCAAACAGUACCAGACCUACGACGCCACUGUCGCCUACGGUAACAAUAGCAAAGCCCACCAUGUCUGCCACGAAGCAUAGCGAGAGCAACGUAGAGAAACCCAGGAGACCUGUCUCCACUGCCGAGCCUGCCAGGUCAAACGGAGUGAGCAGUGCACAAGCUGUUCCGAGAAGGCCGCUCAACACUGCAGCGCGUAAGCCACGACCGAAGUCUAUGGUUGUGGGUUCAGCGAAAAUGUUGGAGACAAUCGCCUCACAAGUCAAUUCACCACGUGAGCGGGCGAAAUUGCGUAGUUCAGCUGCCACACUUUCGGUCAACGGGAAUGGGCCUUCGCGUCCGCAUCCAGGAACUGCGGCGUCAACAUCGCGAAGACCUGUUGUUGCUACCACGACACUGCCACCAUCGAAGCCUCAACCCACCGUCCGCACAACCAAGUCUGCAGCUCUUCGUGCCGCCGCACAUCCAAAAUGCGCAGCUCUCCCAGCACCAGCCGCAGAUUCACGAUCCCACGGACAGCGGGUCGCAAGUGCAGAAGCCAUCGCCGGGCGUGUAGCCGAAUGGAAGCACGAAGACCGCAAGAACGCCGCACCCAAAGUCCCCGUGCGGGCCAAAUCUACAAAAGCCGCAAGCCGGCCUCUCUCCAAGCCAGCAAACGAGCGCGCCCUAAAAACAGCAGAGCCCAGGGGCCCCAAGGCCGACUCGGGCCUAGGACAAUCCUAUACACCCCCGGGCAACCCAACCCGCCUCCCCUCCCCCAUCAAGUCGCCCUCCAAAACCCGCCUCGUCGUACCCAACACACCCACACCGAAGCCAACAGCGGCCCUCGCAUCCAACGCCGCAAAGCUGCGAACUGCCCUCCCAGCCAAGACGCCCGUGAACCGACGCCUUGAAUUAAACAAGGAUCCGAACGCGAUUCGCACCCCCAGCAAAGAGAUCCAGAGCAGUCUUGACCGAGCUAUUGAUGCUAAGAUUGCGGAAGAUGCACGGAGUGGCAAGGAGUUCACGCCCAGUAGGAACCGGAUCAGCGAGUUGUUGGAUGCGAAGAGGGGGGGUUAG